GUAAAAAUUGGUGUUUCACACGUGUAUUUGUAACCAGAUACCACGUCCCAAACAUUAUUUUGUGUCGGAACGGCGAUCGGUGAACUUUUGUGGUGAGUGAUAAAAGUGGUGUCGGGUACCGGAAACCAAAAUGCCAUUUUCGCCAGGAAAUAUUACCGGUGGCUCUAAAUUUUCGUUUCGACGAUUUCUGACUGGGUGGACCCUCUUCAGACAGCAGUUACGUUCUACGGACCACCAAGUCUCUCGUCCUCCGCCCGGCCGCAGCCCCUCCGACCGCAAUGGGCGCAUAAACCACCGCAGCACCCAUCGCAAAGCCGCCCAUUACGUUAAAUGGGCUAAGAUCGAUUGCCCCCGGCGACUUCUCCUUGCUCCUGAUCUCCAUAGAAGAUGUUAUCUCGGGCGGCUCCGUGUUUGCUUUAAAAAUAUCAGAAUUUACGGUAGUGGCGCGAUUAAAUCGGGCGAAAGUGAAACCAGAAGUAAUGUAUCUGCAAAAUGAGACUUCGUGGUCUUCAUAACUGGCACGAAUAAACAUUCGUUGUGCGUAAUAAAGACAGUGACCUUCCACCAGAUUAGAUAUGAAGCGGCGUAGUGCGGGCUCUGCGCCUUCUGCCGAGGGGAAAAAGGCGCCCAGUUCGUGGCCCAUAUACAGCCUGGUGAGCACCGUUGCCGUGGCGUGCUAUCUUAACGGGCUUAAUGGCGAUUUCGUGCACGACGACAUCCCUGCUGUGACUCUCAAUAAGGACGUCUUGGCGAUCAACCCGCUCGCUCAUUCGUUCAAGAACGAUUUCUGGGGGACGCCGAUGGCGGAUCUCGCCAGCCAUAAGUCCUACAGGCCGCUCACCAUACUCACGUUCAGGGCUAACUAUCUGUGCUUCGGCCUGCAGCCGGUGUGGUUUCACGCCACGAACAUCCUGCUGCAUGCGGCCGCCUGCAUAUUGUUCACCAGGGUGUGCCUGAGCAUCGCCGGCCUGAAACCCCCGUUCGCCACCCUCGCCGGCCUCCUCUUCGCCGCCCACCCCAUCCACACAGAAGCGGUGACGGGCAUAGUGGGCAGAGCAGACGUUUUGGCUUGCGUCUUCUUCCUGGUAUCGCUGCUGGCGUAUCACGGGCACCCCGACGGAAAAUGUCAUAUCUGGAUCAGCGUCACUUUGGGAGGUCUGAGCAUGCUGGCGAAGGAGACGGGAGUCUCGGUUUUUUUACUCAAUUUAGCCUACGACUUUUAUCGACAUUGGCCCGCCGUUAAAAAAACAAUAGUUGAAGUGAGAUGGAACCGGGAGACCCAACAAUUUGCUAAUAGAGCUGCAAAAGUCCUUACAUCGCUCGGAAUACUGCUUGCCAUUAGGUUGGCACUGCUGCAAGGAUCUCUGCCUAAGUUUUCCCAGCAGGAUAAUCCAACUGCUUUCCAUCCGUCGCUCUACGUAAGAGUGUUGACUUUCUGCUACUUGGCGGCUUUUAAUUGGUGGCUGCUGCUCUGCCCGGCGACCCUUUCCCACGAUUGGCAGAUGGGUUCGGUGCCCCUGGUGACGUCAAUGUCCGACUCGCGGAACCUCAUGACAUGCUUCUUUUUCGGCGCAGUUCUAAUGCUGGUAAUAAGGAGCUUGUCAGACUUCGAGAGCCAGAAGCACGUUCCCGUAGUUCUUGGACUCAUGCUGCUGGUUUUACCUUUCUUGCCGGCGGCUAAUCUGGUUGUUACUGUAGGAUUUGUAGUGGCUGAAAGAGUGUUGUAUAUUCCUAGUUUAGGGUGUACUCUAUUAGUAGUGUACGGUAUCCAGAUAUUCUGGAAUUCUUAUUCUAAACAUCGCCAAACCAUAGUUUGCUUUGUCAUGUUGCUGCUCACGACGAGCUGUUUGAGGACGGUUAUACGAAACAGGGACUGGAGAUCCCGGGAAUCUUUACUGAGGGCGGGGUUAAUGACGCUGCCCCACAACGCCAAGAUGCAUUACAACUACGCGAAUUUUCUCCGGGAUUCGGCACGGCCCGAAUUAGCGAAGUCUCAUUACCACAAAGCUUUGAAAUUAUGGCCCACUUAUGCAAGCGCCCACAAUAAUUUGGGUACCUUAUUAAGCGACGAACAAGAAGCGGAACAGCACUUCCUGGCGGCCAUCCGAUACUCGGCUGACCACGUCAACGCUCAUUACAAUCUGGGCCAGCUCUAUAGGAAAUCCAACAGGACGAUGGAAUCGGAACGGAUGCUCAAGAGGUGCAUCGGUCUGGAGCCGAGGUUCACGCCGGCAUACAUUGAGUUGGCGAGGCUUCGAGGACCGAACGACAGGAGCGUCGGCGGGCUGUUGAGGAAAGUUGUUAUUCUAAAUCCGCGUGAUCCCUAUUAUAGUACGAUUUACGGCCACUGGCUGCUCGGCAAAGGUAACCCAAUGACGGCCCUCCACUACUACUGGAGAGCCCUCUCCGUGUGCACCUCCUACGACGAAUCCAUGAUGGGCGCCGCCAAAAUCCUCCGCAAAUUCGGGCAAAGUUCCCGCCUGUUCCAGCUCGUAACGAGAUGGCAGUCAAUCUUACGAAUACGAAGAGGUGAACAGCCCAUAAGCCCACACGUUUAUUUGCAUGGAUGGCAGCUCAAGAGCGAAUUGAGCCAUAAAGCAAAGGCCUACGACAACUGCAGCACCCUGUUAUUUGGAAACCGCUGCGGACAGGCGUCUUCAAAAAAGAAGAUUGCGGCCGGCGAAGAGCUGACGAAUAAAUGGACGCGACAAACCAGCAACAAGACCAAAUACCACACGAUGAAGCAGUGUAAAGUGCAGCAGAAGCUGCACAAACAGAGACCGACGACGCCCUUGAUGGUUCAACACUUUCUGGACUGAGUCGCUUAGAUAAUUAAAGACUUAAGUGACCAGACUUAAAUAGUGCAUUUGUUGUUUUUUGACUCAACUGUGACUUUGCAUUUUUGUAAAUGAGUGAUUUUGUGGUUUUUUGGUUUUGUUACGUUGGAAGAAAGUGACCACUAGAGGGUUGUUUUAGCUAUAUUAAGGUCCAAAACAGGGAGAAGUCUACUUUUACACGAAUUUUCAGUACAAAUGGUUUUCGUUGAAGGGUAUGAGUGAAAUUAAUAUCUACAGAAAAUAGAGUUAAAUUAUGGGAAAUUAUAUAUAAAUAUGGUGAUCUUCGCCGCCGCUGUUUACGGAACUCUUCUAAAUUCUAAUUCUAAAAAUACUAGAGAGGGAAAAGUAUACAAGUGCAAAAAUUUUACACUGCAGGAGCUACUCAAAAUAAAUUUUAUAACCUAAAACUUAAUAUUUUACAUUUACGUUUAGUACAGUUUUUAAUUGUGGCUUUGACGUUCCCAAAUUCCUUGAGAGUAUGACGUUUAAUAUGUUGUUUAAUUGAAAUAUACAGGAUGUCCCACGUACAACUGAUAUACCGCGUGGUGGAUUUUAUUUUUUGAAAAUUAAUAAAUUAUUGUUAAUUUUCCAAAGUUUUUCAAAAGGGCAUUUUUUCUCAUUUACGUCCUACUUUUGAUUUUCGUUGUCAUUCUAAUUCUCCAUUUUCCUUUGCAUUCUUCUCCUUAUUACUCCUUAUACUCCUAAAUAUAUAUGAAUGUUUGUAAAUUUUUCAAGGAAU